AUACCACCGAAACAUGUACACACACAUUCAUACACAAGGACAUUUUUUUGUUUGCUUACAGUUGUGUGAGUUGAAUUCUUCUCCGACAGAUUUGUAAACUCUCGGAUUGACCUGGUUGCGGGCAUUAUGAACACCCCUGUGUCGAGUGCUCACAUCUCCCGUAUUGGAGCGUAUAAAGCUAUAGCAUUAAGUACAAGGGAUGUGAUUGUAAAAACAUAUACGACGUCAAAAUGGCCGACGGGAUUAACGUUACGAAAAGAUCUUGAGAAGAUAAGGCAACAAGGUGAUCCUCCAGAAAUUACAGUAGCUGUAUAUGGAGACACUGGGGCAGGCAAGUCCUCCCUGUUGAACGCCCUGUUGGAUCAGCCGUCCCUGUUGCCUACGGCUGGAAUGGGAAGAGCAUGUACAUCGGUGGUCAUAAAAAUAGAAGAAAACAAAACAAGCUCUGAUUUUGAAGCGGACAUUGAGUUUCUCACUGCAGAGGAAUGGAAGAAAGAACUCAAUGUUUUAAAGCAUGACCUGGAUCAGAGCGAUAGUGACAACGAGGAGGAUGCUGGUGUGUGCGAUGCAGCUCAUGCAAAGGUUGCUGCAGUGUAUGGUGACUUUAAAUCUAAGGACCUUGGUAUCCUCCUAGAACGUAAUAAAGACAUACUUGAACAGCUUGGAACUGUGAUGCAAAUGGGUGACUCAAAUGCAAGAGACCUACAGGACAAGAUCAGGACAUUCAGUGAGACAACUGAUGAUGAACGUCAGUUCUGGCCAUUAGUGAAACAAGUGGUUCUGAAAGUACCAGAUUCAGGCCUGUGUCGGAGCGGCGUUAACUUGGUUGACCUCCCUGGAGUCGGAGAUUCAAACCCAGCAAGAGAAAAUGUUGCCAGAAAGUACAUGCAAACCUGUGAUGUGCUGCUGAUCGUUACGAAAAUUCAGAGAGCUGUUGACAACAAAACAGUCAAGCAUACUUUAGGGGACAAACUAUUUCGUCAGUUGUUGAUGGACCACACUAAGACAGUUGUAGCCUGUACACACACAGAUGAUGUCAAACCGUCAGAGGUCAUCAAAACACUGAAGUUACCACAGGCAGCAGAGUGGACAGCCGAAGGUCAGCGAUACAAGAAGGAGGAACAAGUCUUGCAACAAAAGUUAGCAGAUUUAAAGAGGGACAAACAGGUUGGUUGCAGUAGUGAAACUGAAGAAAACUCUCUUAUCCAGCAGAAACAACGUCUUCAUGCGGCAAAAGACCAGUUCAAGAGAGAGAAAACAUCAACGUGUGCUGUUAAAAGGAACGAGUUUGUCAGGAAUAAUAUUCUGCAUAAAAUAUCAAGCCCGUCUACUCCUCAUGAUCAAGACUAUCCCCUUGACCUGAAGGUGUUUUGUGUCAGUUCCAGUGACUAUAUCAAUCUAAGCAACCUUCUCAUUUGUGACGACGACGAUGACGACAAGCCCCCAGUGUUUCUGUCAACAGAAGAUACCGAAAUCCCUGGUUUAAGAACCUAUCUGCAGGAGCUAGUUUGGGAAAAGCAGAAAAAACACAGGAUGUCUCUGCAAAAUGAUUUCCAGGCAAUCAUAUAUGGCAUACUGAUGUAUCUGAUCAAUUCAAAAAGAGGAAGGAAGGCCCUGAAGGAAGAGCUGAAACGUCAUCUUGACACAUUACGAGAUGAAGGACAAUUAAUACUAAAUGAGUUAGACUCCCACCUGCAGUCGUCAUGGUUUGCCGUCCUGGAUGCAACUCUUGAUGAAGCAACACAGGAAGCGAUAAGACGGGCAAGACACGCAGUUGAAUUGUGGGCAAGACCGGUAAACAAGAGACAGAGAGGACAGGGAGGGUUGCAUAGCAACACCUACAAGGCAACUGUGCGCCGAUUGGGAAUCUUUAGAUCAUCUGGGAUUGGAUACAUCAUUAAUAUGAAUCAAGACCUUGCAGAUCCGUUUGUAAAGAUUCUCUCGAAGGAAUGGACGCCUCGUUUCAGUGAACAGGCAUGGAUUGUAACUGUGCAAAGCAAAAUAAAAGAACCUGCUUCCAUCGCCAUAACUCGCUUCACAGAAGCCAUCAUGAAAUCCCUUGGUGACAGUGACGCAACACUUCUAAAAGAUCUGACUCAGUUGAAGACAGAUACACUUGGAAAAUUAACAAGACUGGAUUCACUCUGGGAGAAAACAAUAGACAGGCAACAAAGAGCAGUAACGCACAUGAUUACAGACUUCGUACAGGAACAAAUGAAGGGUGCAUACGAGCUAUGUAUGAAAGAAGAAGGUCCCGGGGCUUUCAACAGAAUGAAAGACAUCAUGGCAAACACCAUUGACCAGUUGAAGAGUAACAUGUUUCAGCAGCUGAAGAACAAAAUCACAGUGUCUCUGGAUCAACUGAAGAAAGGUUUUAUAAGUGGAGCGAAGGAAAUUCUGGAGGACAUUGUUGAAGACACUGAGAAGCAGAUAAUGCCUCUGUGGCAGACACAGGAUGAACCCAUCUAUUUGGAAACUCUGGACAAAUCUGAGGGUUUGAUCCAAACUCUCAGUGAAGAUUUUGCAAAGUACAAAAACGGUCUGCAUGAACCAGACUGUCAUCAGAGCAGCAGUUCGUUGAAGAGACAAGCUGGUGAUAUUCCAACUUUCCCUGUGCCAGGGUCGAAACUCGUAAAACUGAGCGAAGAACGCGAAAAAUCUGGUCCGGAAUAAUUCCCAUGGCAAUAACCUACAUCGUCAUGCUGCAUCAGGCUCCACCAUAGACAAUUGAACCAAAGUCCAGUUUGGAGACAAUUAGCGAUCUGUACAAGUGAAGGAGGGUGGUCUGAUCCCCUCCCCACUCGGGAUUUGAAACGACUUUCAACAAGUCGAGAGCCUUCAGGCACUUUGCCUUUAGAUAUUUGAUGUGUGGUAAGAAUGUCAGAUGACGGUCAAAUGUGGGGUCCAGGAAUUUGGCCGCUUCUAUCACCUUGAUCUAAAAAUAAAACUGGAUCCUUAUUCUGUUUGUAUUUACGACAACAGCAAAUAGAGUUUCGUUUGGAUUUAGAAAAUUUGAAGCCGUUUUCGUUCGCCCAUUUUUGAAUUUUGUUAAGACAGAGCUUUAGCUGUCUUUCUAAUGUAUUCAUAUUCUUACCACUAGAAAUGUUGAAAUCGUCCUCAAAAAGUAAACCAUCAACGCUAUUCUUCAAUACUUUAGUAAGACAAUUAAUUUUGAUGCAGAAACGUGUGUUUGAUAAUAAGCUGCCUUGAGGGACGCCCUGAUCUUGAUUGAAAUGAUCAGACAGGGUAGAGCCCACUCGUACUUGAAAUUAUCUGUUGUUUGAAAAUUGAGAUAUAAACUGAGGUAAUCUGCCCCUCAAUCCAAAUUCAUGCAAAUCUUUUAAAAUACCAUGUUUCCACGUUGUAUCAUAUGCCUUCUCUAGAUCGAAAAAGAUUGAUACAAUAUGUUGUUUGUUGAUAAUGGGAUUUUAAAUAAAUGAUUCUAAAUGCACCAAAUCGUCAAUGGUACUUCUGGUUUUUCGGAAAUCUCACUAGAUUUUACUGAGGAGGUUAUUGGUCUCCAAGUAUCAGACUAAUCGAUUGUUAACCAUGCGCUCCAAUAGUUUUACAAACACAGCUAGUUAAUGAAAUAAGACGGUAUUAGUACUCCCCCAUAGGGGAUUAUGACCGUUUAAAUCGCCCAUGAUGAUACAGGGCUUCGGGAGCUGAUUGUGUUCUUCUUUGGUAACAUACAGGGCCUCCACAUUAGUCUCUAACUUGGUCACUGUAACUCUUCAUAAGACGGAAAAGACAUUUUAUUGUAUGAAGAACUGUUUGUAGGUCGAUAUAUGGUUUGUAUGUGUUGAGGGAACAGUUGUAGAAGUCACAUUCACUCUUCUACCCAGAGUCACUAUAGGUCACCCUGGUACAACUGCCACGGGCCAGCGAGAUGUGGCGACUCGUCAAAUCUCACACAGCUCAUUCAACAAAUUAAAUGUUUGUUUUAUUUAAUCUAUAUAAUUUUUAAACUGUCUACAUAUUCAGGAAAAAACAUUUGUUAUAGAAUCAUGGUUAACUGUCUUUGGGAAAAUGUCAUCGGACGUAAAAAACUAUUUCCAUUUGAAUUAAUACACACAGAAGGCCCCUUCUAAAUAUACCUUAAAUAAAGGUAUCUCUUUAUUCAAGUAACUUAGGUAGUUACUCAGAAAACGUCCCCACUUCACACAGUAAGUUGAAAUAGGUGAG